AUGCCGAAAGCUGUGAAAAAUUUGCACGAAAAUAUUAAAUAUCAUUCUGUGAGGAAAGGAGAACCGGGCUGUUAUCAGCUACAUAGACCAUCAGAAUGUCGGCUCAAGUUUCCGAUUACAAAGCGUCCGAUCCACAAAUGCGAGGUUCCAAAGCACGAGUUCACCCUAGUGCCUCAGCUCGGAGGUUGGCGGACGCUGCUGGUUCCGAAGACCACGCCCAACUACUACCCAGCUGUCAUGAAGAAGAAUGAGUAUGAACGACUGAAAAAGCAGGCGAAAAUAGUAACUCAAGAAGAGCAACUCCAAGCCAUGCAUGCUCAGGAGGCAGCUAUCCAAAAAGCGGCAAAGGAAUCCGAAGAGCGAAAACAGAAACUAAAGGAACAGCUCAAGCCACAACCUGGUGCUGAAGCUUCGGGAGCCACAGACCCUGAGCUUGAAGGACCAGAUCAAGCUGCUCAUACUCUGUCAAGAGCUGAAAUUCUUCGUGCUAACAACUUUCAAGGACCAAGACUAUGCAAUCGUAUCAUCCUCGCAUCCAAGUGUCAUGCUAUUCGCGACGCUCAGAUCGCUGAACGGGAGCUAAUUAAGAAGGAACUUGAUGAAGAAGAAAGACGGCUCGAUGCAAUAAUGGAAGAGAACAGACUGGCAGCCGUGCGGCGCGCUGAGGAGGAGGAAGAGAGGAGGCACCAGCUGCGCUUGCAGAACCUCGCUGCGUUGAAGGAGCAGAUCAAAGCGCACGAAACAUCCAAGAUAAUGGAAGCAGAACGCAUUGAAGAGGAGAGUAUCAGAGUGAACCAAGCGAACAUUGCGAUGCAAAUAGACGAAGCGCAGAAACUCAAAGAAAAACAGGCCAGGCAGGCCAAGCUUAAGGAAAUAUUAGAUCAAGGCAAUGCAGAACUCCUCCACUACAAACAACUGCAGAACGAAGAAGAACGCAUAAUGAACUUACGUAUCGCGAACUUUCUCAAACAGAAACAAGAGCGUGAAGCGAGAAACAGGGCGGAGGCGGAGGCCGUCAAAGCGGCCAAACAGAAGGGCAUCGACCACAUCGCUAAGGCACAAAAGGCUGAACAAGAGUUGAAAGAGGAAUUAGAACGUAUCAGAAACCUGAAGAUCCAGGAGGACGUAGAGCGCGAAUACCGGCGCAAAGAGCGCGAGGCGGCCAUUAAGAGGAACAGAGAGAUGAAGAGGCUACACGAGGCCAGGGUUCAGCAGAUAAACGAUAUCCACCGUCUGAUCGCUAGAGAAAUAGCCAAGGACGAGCAGAGCUUCAACAACGCGGCGCGACAGAACGAAGAGUUUAUCCGUAAGGAGAAAGAGUUGGAGGACAAACGCAAGGCGCGUAUCGAGAAACAUCGUCAGGAAAUCAUGAAACAAAUCAACGACAAGGAACGCGCACGCGCUGAACUCCGGGAAAAGAUUCACAACGAGGGUGUCGCUCUGAGAAUGGAACAAGAGCAACAGGAAAAGUACGAGAGAAAGGUCAUCAAACAGAAGGUGGCAGAGAUGAGACAACAGAAGGUCGUAGAGAAGUAUGUGAAAGAAGUAGAACAAACGCUCGGAAAACAUGGCUAUUGACAAUAUUAGGUUAAUAGGCAACUCCGGAAUACUCAUUGUAUAUCGAUAUCAUUAAAUCAUUAUUUUAUUGUGGCACUACA